CCCCCCCCCCCCCCCCUCUAAUAUUACCGAUUUAUUCAUUCUUUUCCAUGAUGGAUUUUCCAACUUUCAUAACAUUUUUUUUUUUUUUUUUUUAAAUUUGGUUAACUAUGUAUUCAUUAUUUGCUUAUACAGAUUGCUGAUAUUCAAAAUGUCUGGCCAAAGUAUGCGAACUGAGCUUUUGUUGAUUGAUUAAUUGACUUGGAGAAGCCCUCUCGCUGUUAAUGGUAGACAUAUGCACGGGUUUAACUUGUGUUGCAUGCAAUUCUUAGGGGCAUUUGAACUUUUGUUAGAUGGUACUAGUACUUAGACCUGUGGGAAUCUUCUAUCUUAGGGGUCUUACUUUUGAUAUUUUUACGUAGUUGGUAAUAGUCUCCAUUUCCCUCACGUUGAUGGAAAGUAUUUGCACACUAUAUUUUCAUUGCAUUAACCAAAUCUUAAUUGCAGGUUUGGUAUAUAUACAUACAUAUAUAUAUAUAUAUAUAUAUAUAUAUAUAUAUAUAUCCUUGUUCUUUUUCUUCCUAAAUUUGGUGUAUCUGACAGGUUUUAACUCAACACAAAUUUUGAUGUUCAGGUCUUACAGCAGUAGGCGGGGUUGUUUCUUCGUUGUUUACACUUUCUUCUCCUAGAGAUUCAAUUCCUGUUGCACAAAACCUAGCUAUAUGUUUCAAUUAAUGCUGAGGAUACAAUUAUUUCGAUUUAGGAAGGACGGUAGUGGCUGGAUCUUUUCCUAAGAGUUGAUGUACAUGUGAUAAUUGAUAAAAAGAUCGAUUUUUUAUUUUUUAUUAUUAUCAUUUUAUAAAAUGUUUAUUCAUUUUUAUGAAAAUUUUUAGCUACGGAUAUUCAGAUUUUAUAAAAUAUAUCAAUAUCAGGCAACAUGUUGCCUGAGGUAUGCCUCUAACAACGUGUUAUUUGAUAUGUAUCCGGUUUUUAUCAAAGUCCAGAUAUCCGAAUGGGAAAAGGACUAUUCAUGUUUACAUUAAUAAGAUUUUAGAGAUAUUGCUGAUCUUUUAGAGACUUAGAAAAAACCUUACCAAGCAAACUUUCAUCGAAUGAUUAAGAUAAAAAUUAGAGCAAUAAAACAACAUACUAACCAAACUUUCAUUGAAUGAUUAAGAUAAAAAUUAGAGCAAUCCUCCGUAUUACUUUCCCUAAACAUAUUUAUGUAUUUAAACUACUCAUAUAUGGAUCCAGUCAUAUGGAGUACAUAAGUUCUGUAUUAGUAGCCUAAGUUCUGUAUUAGUAGCCAUUUCAACAACUGAUAAUAUAAUAUUGAAGCCUUAAGGUGACAUAAUAUUUGCAAUGUCUCUCAUAUUGUUUGUCUGCAGGCUCUCCUCUUAUGUCUUCGUUCUACAUCUACUAAGCACGUCUAGUUUUAUUCUUUCAUUCUUGGGUUUGCUACGUUUUACCAACUCCAGCGGGGGCAGAAGUUCCUCUGAAACGUCAAUCUCCUCUUUGAGUGGGUCAAGGGUCGAACAAUGGCUCUAUGGAGACUCCCCUGUUCCUUCUAUAUCCCCUGGGAGGAUGGACGGUGACGAAGCCACCCCUAACCUCCCUAAUCGGGGGGAAGAAAGCCAAGCGCCAGAAUUGGUGGGUGGAGCUUUUCUGUCUUCUGUGUUUCAGUCGGCUUUUGAUAGGUUGGCAUCUCCUGAGGUGGUGGCCUACUUGCAAGGAAGCAACAUUAGUGACGAUAUGAUCUGCAAAUUGAAGAUUGUACUAUUAGCUGUUAAUGCAGUGCUUGAUGAUGCAGAGGAGAAGCAAAUCACCAGCAUAAAUGUCAAGAAAUGGCUGAACGAGCUAGUAGCUGCUUCCUAUGAGGCAGACGAUCUCUUGGAUCAGAUUGCUACUGAUGCUCUGCAAUCUGACUUGGAAGCUUCUGGUUCAAGAAAGUACAAAAAAAGUAAGUUAUCCGACUUAAUUUCCAGUUCCAUUUCUCGCAGAUCAUAUAAUCAAAAUAUGAAAAAGAAGCUGGAGGAGAUUCUUAGAAGGUUUAAAGUUUUUGAAAAAAGCAUAAAUAUCCUUGGUCUCACUAGUAAGAGUGUUGGUGAGAACUCAUCACCAACACAACCGACCACAUCACUGAUUGAAGAAACUGAGGUCUUUGGUCGAGAUGGGGAUAAGGAGGCCAUAGUCAAUUUGUUGCUUACAGAUGAUCAUGAGGGUAGGAAUAAGGUGUCUGUGAUCCCAAUAAUAGGCAUGGGUGGCAUUGGCAAAACCACCCUUGCUCAAUUAGUAUACAAUGAUCACGCAGUUGAGAAGCACUUUGACCUCAAAUUAUGGGUUUUUGUUUCACAGGAGUUUGAUAUUUGUAAGGUAACAAAAACGGUCCUCUGUGCAGUAACUACAUCUGGUUCUCAUUCUUAUGAUGACACAAACUUAGAUUUGCUUCAAAGAAAGUUGAAAGAAGGGCUAACAGGGAAGAAAUUCUUAAUUGUUUUAGACGAUGUAUGGAAUGAGGAUUAUAAUGAUUGGCAGAAAAUGAGAACACCUUUUAAUUUUGGGUCUCAUGGAAGCAAGAUAAUUGUAACAGCACGCAGUAAAGAAGUUGCAGAUAUCAUGGGCACGACUCCAACUCCUUUUCAGCUUGAGCCGUUGAAAGAUGAAGAUUGCUGGCAAAUAUUUCAAUGGCAUGCAUUUGACAAAAUUAGAGAUUCUAGCGUACGUCAAGUCCUAGAGAAAAUUGGUCGAGAAAUUCUUAAUAAAUGCAAGGGCUUGCCUUUGGCUGCAAAAACACUUGGAGGCCUCUUGCGUUCUAAAGAAGAUGUGAGCGACUGGGAAAGAGUAUUAAAGAGUGAGAUUUGGGAUUUGUCGCAUAGAGAGAGCAAAAUUCUACCAGCUUUGUUGCUAAGUUACAACUACCUUCCGUCAGAUUUAAAGCGAUGUUUUGCUUUUUGUUCAACAUUCCCGAAGGACUAUGAAUUCGAGAAGCAUGAACUCAUUUUAUUGUGGAUGGCAGAAAAUCUUUUUCAGCAACCAAACAUAAAUAAAAGAGUGGAAGACAUAGGGAAUGAAUAUUUUAAUGAGUUAGUGUCUAGGUCAUUUUUGCAAAGAUCAAGUAGACAAGAAUCUUGCUUUGUCAUGCAUGAUCUGGUUCAUGAUGUGGCCAGAUUUGUAUCGAGGGGAUACUGUUUCACAUUUGAAAAUGGCAACUCAAAUGGAAAUAUGAUGAAAGUACGUCAUCUAGCUGUUGCACCAGAUGUUUCCUUACAGAGAUUUGGCCCUAUUUCUAAAGCAAUUCAUUUGCGCUCCCUUUUAACGUUGCCUGGACGUUCAUUCCCGAGCUUAUCUAAUGAAGUAGUGAAUAAUGUAAUUUUGAAGUUGAGGUGUUUCAGAAUAUUAUCAUUGUCUGGUUGUCGAAAUUUGGAGUCAUUAAGUGAUUCAAUUGGUGAGCUUAAGCAUCUUCGUUUCCUUGACCUCUCUUGCACUUCAAUCAAAAGAUUGCCAAAUUCUGUGAGUAUGUUGUACAAUUUACAAACAUUAAAGUUAUCAGGGUGUGUUGAACUCAUGGAGUUGCCUGAAGAUAUGUACCAUCUCAUCAACUUACGACACCUUGACAUCAGUGCCUGUUCUAAUUUAAACGUGAUGCCGAGACAAAUAAGUGAUUUAAAAAGCUUACAAACAUUGAGUACUUUCAUCGUGGGAGAAGAUAAUGGGACGAAGAUAGAAGAGUUGAGGGAGCUUUCAGAUCUGCACGGAGAACUUUCGCUUCAGAAUUUACAGAAUGUUGCAAGUGCCACGGAUGCAUCGGAAGCCAGGUUGAUGGACAAGAAAUAUCUUGAAGGGGUGCAUUUGUUUUGGGAAGUCAACACAAAUUAUCCGUUAAAUUUACGUGGGAGAGGCUAUGAAAACGAUACGAUGCAUCAUAGAGAAGUAGUUGAAAAGCUGUUACCUCACACAAACUUGAAAAGGCUUUCCAUUAAUGGAUAUGAAGGUAUUUCAUUCCCAACUUGGUUAGGGGAUCAUUCAUUCUGCAACAUAGUUUCUAUAGAACUUAGAGAUUGUAGAUGUUGCAACAGUUUGCCACCGCUAGGACAGCUACCAUCCCUCAAAACUCUCGAAAUUACAGGACUUAGUGGAGUGGUUACUGUUGGUGCUGAGUUUUACGGGAAUAUUGGUGGUUCUUCUGUAACAAAGCCAUUUGCAUCACUGGAAGUCUUAAGUUUCAGAGACAUGUCAGCCUGGGAAGAGUGGUCUUCGAUUGGAGUUGAAGAUGGUGAAGUUUUUACUAAGCUUCAACAACUCCAUAUAAAUAAAUGUAACAGGCUACGUUGUGUUGAUUGGCCUGACAGCCUUCCAUGUUUAACGGAGCUUGAAAUUGAAGGAAAAUAUGGAAUUGAGGUGGUUCUUGAAUCAUCACUCCCAAGGACUCCGGCUCUUCGUGAAUUGAAGUUAGGCAUGUGUGAAAAAUUACGACUAGAGGAACUUCCACAGAAAGCGGAAUCAAUUCAUAUCGGAGGAAAUAAUGGUGUAGAAUCAUUGAUUGAGGCGAUCAACAAAGGCCAAAACUCUUUUCUUAAGAAAGUGCAUAUUCAAAAUUGUUGUUCUGCAAUUACACUCCUUCCUGAAUGCCUGCCCACUAAGUUGACAGAACUAGAAAUCAAGUGUUGUAAAAAAUUAGAAUUCCCAAUGCAACGCUCACACAAAAGCUCAUCCAUUCGAAGAGUUACAAUCAGGGAUUCUUGUGAUUCACUUAGAUUCUUCCCUCUGGAUUUCGUUCCCAACCUUAUCAGCCUCGAUAUUUGCAAUUGUGAAAAUCUCGAAUCUUUAGGAGUCUCCUCAUAUGGGGAUGGGAUGCUAAGAUAUCUAUCUGCUAUUUCUAUUUAUGGUUGCCCUAACUUUGCAUCUUUCCCUAAAGGCGGAUUGCAUGCCCCCAACCUGACCAAACUUAGAGUGGAUGGUGGCAAGAAAUUGAAGAAGCUACCUGAGCAAAUGAGGAACCUCCUCCCAUUUUUGAACUCCUUGGAGAUCUCUAAUUGUCCACAGUUGGAGUCGUUUCCUGAAGGCGGUCUACCCUCUAAUCUGAAUAAGCUUUGUGUUCGAAACUGUCCUAAGCUCAUAGCACAGCGAAUGAAGUGGAAUUUGCAUGCCCUCCAAGCUCUUAAGGAUUUUAGAAUUUGUGAUGAAUGUGGAGGAGGAGGUAUAGAAUUGUUUCCGGAGGAGGGUUUGCUACCCUCCACUCUUUCCUCUCUCGGUAUCUGUAACUUUCCACAUCUUAAAAUGCUGGACAUAAAAGGACUUCAACAUUUCACCUCUCUCGAAUCUCUAAGAAUCUAUAAGUGCCCUCAAUUACAAAAGCUGCCACAACAAGGUUUGCCUACCUCUCUUAAACAUUUUCGAAUUAAUGGAUGUCCACUCCUCAAAGAAAGGUGCCAAAGGGAGAUAGGGGAAGACUGGAACACCAUUUCUCACAUCCACGACAUUUCGAUCCGCUAGCGAUCAUUUGCAUCACACUCCAUGCAAGCCUCGUAGAACUGGAGAAAUUGUGCCCUGUUUUCUGAUGAAUCAAGGGUGUAAAAGCAUUGGAGUGACUUCUGUUUCGGUUCCACAUUUUUCUUUCCAAUUUCUUUUCUGUUCCCUGAUCUUUUUUACAUGUUGAAGUGUAAACUUUUCAAGCAUAAGAGGUUGUGAACAUAGUUUGAAUGUAUGCGUUUGUAUGGAUUUACUGAGCCACCUAUAUAGACUAUGAGUCUGUGACA